CGAACGGGUCAGACUUCGGAUGCAAUUUGUUAGCGUUUCGCUUUCUUAGCACAACGGAUCAAUCGUUGGGCGCCGUAACCGUCGCAGUGGUAGUUGGUCGGAACAAGUGGUCGAAGUGGUGCAGUGUGUCCCGUUUUUUUUGUUGGUUAAGUGAUUUUCCCCGUCGCAUAUAUAAACAGAUUAUUUUAGAGGAUUUACCGUAGAUAUUUCUCUUCGCGGCACCACCAAGGGAAAAUAUACCGAAAGGUUAAAACAUGACGCCUUACCAUCCGAUCCGGUUGGUGUCCCUGCUGACGAUACUGGGAGUGUCGUUUAUCGGCGCGGAUCCCAGGGUUCACAUCCUUUCCGAAAAUCUAGACCAAGUCAUCACAUCCACUACUCUUCAGUGGGUGCAGACCGACGGCAAAGACAAAUCCGUUUUGAAAAAUGCAGUAAUCGCAGCUUACCAAGUGAUGCCAGAUGCCGACCCGUCAGAAAACUCUUACGACGAAAACCUCGAAAACGACGUGGUCAACAAACAAGAACCGGUCUACGUCUGCCGUGCCACCGUGACGAGCAUAUGGGUGUCCGGUCAGCUCAGACCGAAGAACCACGUCUGCGUGGUGUCGCUCUACAGGAAAGUGCAAGAGUACAAACACUUCGAGGUCUUGGUCAACGUCGAGGACAGCGGUCGUCUCAGCUGGGUCGGCAAGAACAAGUAUACGAACCUGCCCGCGGGAGCCGUCACCAGCGGCGAGAACAUCCUGCGUACGUUCGUGUCGAGGAAACCCGUCAACAGUAACAAUAAAACCGGCUCGUUGAGUCACUAUAUCGGCACUUUCAACCCGUCGGAAAACCUCGGCGUGUUCCAUUUGGUCGAGCAGAACAACAACGAGAUAUCGUACGAGGACGGUGAAAUCCUGGUGGAAACGGAACCGAUCGCCUACGAGUUCAGGAACAUCAAAUUCCUGCGCUCGAGCAGACGGUUCCCGAAGAAGAAGAGGGUGCUGGCUCACGCCAUCUUGAAGAACGAAGAGGACGGGCUUCAGAGGGUGGAGAGCGUCAUGAGCUACAACUACACGUACUCGCUCAACUGGGGCAAAGGCCACGGUAUCCAGGUGGGGCUGCCCUACACAGUGUUCCUGCCCAACGGUAGCCAGAUCCUCGGCAAGUGGGGCAUCUUGGAGAAGGAGGAAAAAGUGGAGACGGUCCCGGUUGAGAUGCACCUCGACGAAGGCACCGCCGUCAACGUAACCCUCACGGGGAACUAUACGGAAAUGGAGAUACCGUACACCGCGACGGUGGUCUCUUUGUACAAGGACAACGAAAAACGCGAGAUCACCAUACGCGACAUCAAACGCGAGAACAAAGUGAUCGAGUUGGUGUAUAACUACAGCCCCAUCUACUUUUUGCAUAACAAUAGCUACGUGCCUACUACGCCUGCGCCUACCACGACCUCCACAACGACUACCAGCACCACCACGACCGUCAGGCCGACCUCUACCACGCUCAAGGAGUUGCCAGAGGUGGCGCCUGAGGUGAUACUGCAGAGGAAGCAGGAAGAGCUUCACGCGGCCGAGAAGAAACCCGAAGACGGCGCCAUGAUGUCAGACGAGCAUACCGUCCGCGAGGCGUCGCUGGAGAGCAAAACCGAGAUCUCCGCGAAAGAUUCGGCUUCCGCGGCUGCGAUAGUUCUGCAUCUGUUGCUACCGAUGGCGGUGAUGGUCUUGAGUGUUACAUAAAGUGUUGAUUGACACGCAACAGCUGCAGCUUUAUAUUUAUUAUACCGAAAGAUGUGUUGAUUUCUUCAUCGUUGUGUUCUUCUCGAGUGGGGGGGAGUGUAAAUAAAGUGACGGUGUACAUAGAGAUUUGGGGAGGUCGGAGUGUGACGUUGUGGUGAUAUUAUUUUAUGAUUGUUCUCGAAGUCUGUUUAGGGUAUAGUUUUAUCCAGUAGAUUAUCUUCCAACGCAGAUUUCGGAUGCUUAAUGUACCCCAAUGCGCGGAGAAAACAGAUAUUGCUUGUAGCUAAUGAAAUGAAGAUGACGAUUAACGCCACUAUUAUCAUCGUCAUGCCACAAUUUAAUAGUCAUGCUUGCGAUGUCUGGUCACCAUUUUACACACCAUGGCGGAAAUGGAUGUUUCUGAUAAUAGGUUCUUGUCAACAGAUCUUUGGUCACAAUUUCUGUGACAAGUCGUUUCUUAGUGAUCAUAUUGAUUCUUCCUUCCAAGUAUAAUUGAAACUAAUCAAUUACCAAAUCCCCCAAUUAAAAUAGGUAUAACAAUAAAAAAAAAUAUGAAUGCAUGAGCUGUAACUAUUACAUUAAAAAUUUGAUCAUCUCCAAUUAAUGAUUGAGGGUUUCUUAAUUCAAUUCGAAUAAUGAGACUUAAACUUCUUUUAAAAUUUCGUUUCGAGAUCAUGAAGAGAACGUCUUGAAAAGAUAUUCUCAUCAGUCGAGUAGCUAGCCUCAGCUUUCUGGUCACCAUUCCUUGGGGUUCACAUUGAUAACUUCUUCAAAAUUUCGUUUCGAGGUAAUGAAGAAAUCGUCUUGCCAAUGGCGCAGCUGCCCUCGGAAGAAAACGUCUUGAUAUUCCCUCCAGUGGCGUAGUAAAACGUCAAAUUGUCGAGUUAAGAAAAAAAAAGAGCCACCACCAAAACUAUCAAAACGCUAUGCUUUAGUUUGCAAACAAUUUCUUGAUAAUUUCUGGAUCCAUUUCACUAUAACGAAUUUCCUGUCACAAAAAAUGAACUAGAAGAGGCCUGAUUGAAAAUAGUGGACGGACAUCGUAAGCUGCCCGCCCACUACUCGAGGAUUGCGGGGUUCCUUUACGCGACGCGCGCAUCCAUCCGAGAUCUGCGUUUCUUAGUUUUAGUUUUUUUUUUGUAAAUUAUCGCUGUCCGAAAAUUUAUUUUCUAGGAACGUAGAUGUACUGCGUAAGGAAAAUAUAUAUUUUGCAAGCGAGAUAUGUAUAAAAACAAAUCGUAGCGAGUGGACUAUAUUUUUGCUAAGUAAGGCUUUUCUGAUUCAGUAUUGGAAGGACGUGUACAAAUAAUGCCGUAAUUUAAGUGACGUUAGAGAGCACAGGCCCAACGUAGCAAAAAAAAAAAGAAAUCAAUCAAAGGAACAGUGAUAAUAACAGUAGCUACCAUUCCAUUCUCGUAUAAGUACAAAUAAGUUUUAAAUUACCAGAGUUCUGCGUAGACUAGAGGCGAUUUGCGAUGCUUUAUUCGAAAACAAAAAAAAAUGUUCGUGGUUCAUAUUUGUAUGUGAUAAUUAAACAACAUAUUUUAGGCUUAAAACUCUGCUAUGUAUAAGGACUCCCGUAAGAGUCGGCGUACUGUUCUCGUCUCAUAUCUCUAAC